AGCAGAAGAAAACACCCGCCAUCUUGUCAGUCAGUCGAAGUUCCCACACUGCACUGCGGUAUUGUUGUUUGCGUUAAACAUGGCGUCGGUGAGCUGUCCGUUACAGAGAACCUUCUCCCGCCCAGCCACCAGCUCGUCCCAAGCCAACACCAGCCCGGUACUCUGUCGGGAGCGGUUAUGGGUGUUGUCGGUGCAGCGUUACGGGAGAGACCCAGGUUUCAGUCUGUAUUUCCCGCAGAACAUCAGCUCCUCAGACAGCCUCUACGACGCUACUCUGACAGAUGGGGACUGCAGGCUGCGUGUGACCCUUGACCCCAGCCUCAACCGUCUGGUGGAGAGGAACGUGUUCCGGUGUGGCUCUCAGCUACGACAUGUUACCUUUUCACCCGGGGAGUCUGUAGAGGAGGAGGGGGGAGGAGGGAGGACUUACAGGCUGGUGAGUGUGGAGGUGGCUGGGGACGAAGGGGGGAUGGAGGGGCUGACUCCCGGGGUGGAGGUGGAGAGACUGCCAUGGUACGGAGCCCAACCAGAUCCAGAGAGAGACCCAGGAUCCCAUCCAGCAGACCCAGCCCUAAUCCCAGACCCAGUCCACCUAGAGAGGGCCCAGGCCCCCAGCUUGCUGCCCCUCAGGGCCAGGAGAAGCUGCUAUCUGCCCCUCUGGAACAACCAGGACUACAGUGGACCAGCCUGGAGGGAGACCCCCAACUCAGACGACUCAGAGGACUCGGACCAAGACGAAGAGGGUGUUCGGGCUACAGUGACGCUAGCUGAACUGCAGGAGGACUUCCUGUCCCGUAAGGGCGGUGCCACAGUGAGGAGGGGUGUGGCCAGGGGUCUGCUGGUGGUGCGAGUUCUAAACAAGUCCAGAGUGAUGUAUUAUGGGAAAUCCGACAGCAAUUGUGAAUGCCCUUAUAAGGCGGUGUUGGAGGUGUGUGAUGUGUCAGGGUGUGUGUGUGUGUGUGUGUUGUGGAACAGUGUGUGUGUGUCGUGGUAUGGCAGACUGAGACCAGGUCAGGUAUUGAGAACGAGAGGCUUCAGAGUCAAGGAGAGCUACGACAAGAGAGACAACCAACAUAUAGAGAUCAGUCUAAACUCCAGGAACCCGUCAGCUGAGAUCUCUAUCGUCCCAGAAUUCUCUCUGUCUGCUGACGUCCGUUUGCUACGUCCCUCCUACUCCUUCUGCAAUGGGAAGGAUCUCCUCAGCUGUCCCCACGGCAACAUCUGUGAUGUCAUCGGCCUGGUGGUGUUCUCUGGCCGGCCUGAAAGAAUCAGGAGCAAGGAUGGACAGGGUAAAGAGCUGUUGGAGUAUCGGUGGCUCCGAUUGGAAGACGGGACUUCUGAUCAACCAAUCAUGAUAAAGCUCUUCUCAACGUCUCAACCAGAGACACACAACAAGAUACUCCCACUAUCCGUAGUGGUGUGUACCAGACUCCAGAUGGUUGGAGAUUCAUCCUGCUGUUACCUCACCAACACUACCUACACACAGAUCUACUGCACAGGUUCUGGCCACCACUCAGUGAUGCCCUACAGGAAGCUCCACCCAGUGCGUCAGUUUGUCCGAUGGCUGCGGAGCGUGGAUGACAGACAGGUGUUGAGCAGGGCUGUGGUUGGUGGAUACUUCAUCUACCCGCCCCCUCCCGUCUCCCUGGAAGCCUACAUGAAGAACAGAAAAGGUGAACUAGGUCUGCUGAGAGGGGCGGAGCUAAAGUGGGAGGCGGAGCGACUUCAGUACAGAGAGAGACGUAGCUUCUGUAUCCAGGCAACCAUCACCAUGGUUACUCACUGCCAUAGAGGAAAGGAAGACCAGUGUCUAGUGUGGAUAGACAGACCUGCUGCUUUCUCUCCUCGUAUCUCUCCCUCCUCUCCUCGUAUCUCUCCCUCCUCCCCGCGUAUCUCUCCCUCCUCUCCUCGUAUGUCUCCCUCCUUUCCUCGUAUCUCUCCCUCCUCCCCUCGUAUCUCUCCCUCCUCCCCUCGUAUCUCUCCCUCCUCUCCUCGUAUGUCUCCCUCCUCCCCUCGUCUCCCUCCCUCCUCUCCUCGUAUGUCUCCCUCCUCCCCUCGUCUCCCUCCCUCCUCUCCAGGCUCGUCAGUCAAAUUGAGUCCCAGGCUUCUGAUGCUGAGAGCAGGGUUAGGACUCAGCAACAGUAAAUCCCCAAAGAGAAAACUUUUCAGCAGUGCUGGACCCCCCAGGAAGAGACUGACUCUAGGGACCCAUCCAGAGGAGGAGACCGACACAGGAACAGAGGGCAGUCUGUGGGAAUCUUCCAUGGAGUUUCUGUCAGACCAAUAUGAUGAAGAUGAGGAUGAUGAUGAUCAGUGCAUUCCUCACGGUCCCCUCCUCUCCUGUCUAACGUUGUUGGCGGAUCUGAUCGCAACGGCCUUCCAGCUGGCCAAUCAGAGGCUGGUGUGUGUUCUGGAGUUGUGUCUUCUGGGAGGAGACAGAUUGGAGGUGGUCCUGUGUAGAGCCUUCCCAGUCUGA